GACUCCGGUGCACUGUGGGAUGGAAACCCGAGCGGCGCGUCUAGGCCGGACCUGGCGGCGGCGGCGGCGGGGCCGGCGGCGGCCGGGGAGCGGGGUUUAGGCUCGGCGGCCGGCGAGACGCGGGCGGCGCCGCCAUGAACGCGGCGGUGGUGAAGCGGACGCAGGAGGCUCUGGGGAAGGUGAUUCGGAGGCCGCCGCUGACGGAGAAGCUGCUGAACAAACCCCCGUUCCGCUACCUGCACGACAUCAUCACGGAGGUGAUCAGGAUGACCGGUUUCAUGAAGGGCCUCUACACAGACGCCGAGAUGAAGUCCGAUAACGUUAAGGAUAAAGACGCCAAAAUUAGCUUCCUUCAGAAGGCCAUAGACGUGGUGGUCAUGGUCUCCGGAGAGCCACUGUUGGCAAAACCGGCUCGGAUCGUGGCCGGGCACGAGCCUGAAAGGACCAACGAGCUGCUCCAGAGAAUCGGAAAGUGCUGUCUCAACAAGCUCUCCAGCGACGAUGCGGUGAAGAGAGUGUUAGCCGGAGAGAAGGUGGAAACAAAAGGAAGGUCCUCACUGACGUCGAAACCUCAAGAAUUGGAUAAUAAGAACGUGAGGGAGGAAGCAUCCAGGGUUCAUAAGGAUAAAGAGGAUAGAAGAAACUCUGAAAUAAAUGAGAGGAAUACAAGCGGAGGUCGAAAACAGAAAGAGGAAGAAAGCAAACCAAGAGAAAAGGAAAGGGACAGGGAGAAGGCCAAGGAGAAUGACCGAGACAGACACAAAGAUCCCGAGAGAGACAAGUGCCACGAAGGGGAGAGCGAGCGGGCCAAGAACAGGGCCCGGCCGGAGAGGGCCAGGGACAAGGGCGCAGAGCGGGAGAGCGAGCGGAAGAACGAGGGCGGAAAGGAGGAGAAGUGGAAAGACCGGGAGAGCGAGCGCGAGCGACACAAGGGCCAGGAGCGGGCCCGGCAGAGGGUGCGGGACGGGCAGCGCUCCAGGGACCCCGACAGGGAGAGGAGCCACGAGCGCGAGAAGCCGGGGAGAAAGUCCUCAAGCUCAGGAGAGAUGUCUAAAAAGUCGUCAGAUGGAUCUUUCAAAGACUCCAAAGCUGAAACAGAGACUGAGAUUUCCACUAGAGCAUCCAGGUCAGUGACAACAAAGACAUCAAAACGGCGAUCCAAAAAUUCAGUGGAAGGAAGAAGGGAUUCUAGAACCAGUGAAAAUAGUCUCUCCCCUGAAAAAGAACGUCACUCUUCCUGCAGUAAAGCUAAGAAGGAACACACCGGGAAACAGCUCGGAAGAAAGGAGGAUGAUAUUUCAGCUAAAAUUUUAGACCCCAUAGUGUCUGGAUUAAAUAAUGAACCAGAUCAGGAAACUACAACUUCAGAAAUAGGAACAAAGGAAGCUAAUACUAACUCAGCUAGUGUUUCAGAUGCUAAUUCAUCUAGUCUGCCUCGAGAAAGUGCUGAGCCAGAACCAGCAGUAAAGCAGAAAGGUGAUUCUCCUAGUGAUGCAGAAGGAGACGUUGGACCUUCUGGCCAGGAGAAGUGUGAGGUGCCGGAGAAUUCCGAGCUGCCAGGCGAGCUCCCAGCCGCCGUCAGGAGGAUACCUCGGCCCGGGAGCGCACGGCCCGCGCCUCCCCGGGUCAGGCGACCGGAGAGUGCGGAGGUGCCGACGACAGACAGGACAGGAAGUGGUAAAACCGUCUCAAACGUGAUCGUAGAGUCACAGAAUUCUGACAGUGAAGACGCCGACCAGUUUGUGGUGGAGGCCGCCCCCCAGCUCUCUGAGACGUCAGAGCUUGACAUGGUACAGGCGGUGGAAUUAGAAGAUGAGAAGCACGGAGGACUUGUCAAAAAAAUUUUGGAGACUAAGAAAGAUUAUGAGAAGUUGCAGCAGUCACCCAAACCUGGAGAGAAGGAGAAACUGCUCGUCUUUGAGUCGGCGUGGAAGAAGGAGAAGGACAUAGUCUCCAAGGAGAUAGAGAAGCUCCGUGUGUCCAUCCAGACCCUGUGCAGGAGCGCACUUCCCCUGGGCAAGAUCAUGGACUACAUCCAGGAGGACGUCGACGCCAUGCAGAACGAGUUGCAGCUGUGGCACAGCGAGAACCGGCAGCAUGCUGAGGCCCUGCGGAAGGAGCAGAGCAUCACAGACUGUGCCCUGGAGCCCUUGGAGGCGGAGCUGGCGGAGCUGGAGCAGCUGGUCAGAGACCAGCAGGACAGGAUCUGCGCCGUGAAGGCCAGUAUUCUGAGGAAUGAAGAGAAAAUUCAGAAAAUGGUGCACAGUAUCCAUCUGAGUUCCAAAAGGUGAAAGCGCAGACGUUUCGGAGACUAAAGGCCGUCCUCAGUUUGCACGUCGUUACUCCUUAAGUUUCCGUUUGAAGACAAUGAACAGUUUACAGUGUUAUCCAACUAAUUUUCAGAGCUUUACAAGCGUGAGGCAUAUUCAGUGUGUGAAGACCAUGUGUUCCUACCUUCCUCCGCUAGAAUACUUGCUAGUCAUAAAUAGCUCUUGCAAAUGCCUGUGUGAAAAGUUUCUUUACAAGCCUGUCCUUUGUAUUUCCCCCGUAGGCUGUUCAGUUCUGUGCCAGAUUCGCCAGCAGGUGAGUGGUGCUGGCGCAGCCAGGGAUGCAGGCGUCUGUGAUUUCAGACUCUGAGUCUAGUGACAGGACUUCUGUGAGUCAGGCACUGAGUGAGAUGGCUGUACAUUUUGAUAGGAGCUUCAUAAAUACAAUGAAGCCUGAAAAUGAAUGAAUUAUAUUUUUAGCUCAUUUCCACUUGAAAAGGGUUAAUUUCGGCCCAUAUCUUUAUAAGGUACGCGUGAACUUUAAUUUUUAACCUCUUUGUAAUUGCAUACAUGUUAUGUAAUUUUCUUACUGGUCCCUUUUAUCUUUUGCUUAUAUUUCCAGCCCUUAAAGUUCAUACAUUUAAAAAGGAGGUUUGAGUAUGGCCUUCAUGGACAUCAUCUGGACAUGAGAUUGUCACAGGCCCUUUCCUCACUUUCUUUAACAUUUUGCCCCUGGGUUUUCGCCACGUGCACACUUGUGUCACUUGCCUCGUUCUCUCCAGAAGAGGGGCUUGCUCUCCAAGGCAUCGGCAUCAUGCCUUUUCCUUCGCACAGGUGUAAGCACCUGUGCACCUGAGAGACAGGUAGCUUAGGGAAAACUGCAAAAGGAAGACUUACAAGGAUACAUGGAUUUGCAAAAUUUUUUAAUGUUAGCGUUUUUUUGGAAAUUUUUUUUUAAAGCAAAAGUUUUUUUUUUUUAAACAUGGUUUAUAUUUAGUUUUUCACUGCAUAUAAUAUUGUAAAUACUUACUAAAGUCUUCAAUUUGUGUAUAAAGGAUUUCACUGUUUGGAGACAUACUUACGGGUCUUAAGGUCUGGGUCCUGAUACUUUUAUUUCUAGAUACUGUAUUUAUUAUGUAACCCAAGGAGGGCCAUUUUAAGUGUUAGAAUUUGCCCGAGAAAGUUUUGUUUCUUUAAAAAACUAGCACAAAUGGCACGGUUAAGUUUUUCUUAGUGUAAUUUCCAAAAUAAAUCUGUUACAAAGGUAGUUCUAUGACUUUCGAAGCUGAGUAAGUUCAAGGUCAGAUUAUUAAGAUCUGCCGUCAUGAAACAUUGGUCGUCUUCUCCUUUCCGUAGUUUACCGUAAAAUUCAGUUUGGCGAGGCUCCACUAAUGCAGCACUGCCGGCGGGCAGGUGUGUCAGUCCCCAGCCCUCACAUGCUCAUAGUCUCUUUUCCACUGACUUGGAUGGCAGCCACCAUACUAAAGGGACCCUGUUUUGCUUCAAGUGAAGGUGUCUGCCUUUAAUGAAUUUGUACAUAAGACUAGAGAUUUUGUGUUGCAAAAAAUUACAUACAUUGUGAGUAAAAUUUUGUAUGAAGUAGUCUCUCAAAUUGUAUCAUAAAAUUUAUUUUUCUUUUAUACAUAAAUCAUUAAAAAUAAUCAGAUUUUUUUUCUA